AGGGGGAUGGUGAGUAAUUGGCUGGUCUGCUCCGCUCUGCCCUGCCCUGCUGACUUACAUUACGUCUAUGCCUUGCCUGUCCAGCCCCAACCUGUGCUAGGCCGCGAUACAUGACAUUCGUCGCUUUCCCCCAUCUCGGUUGGAACAGGCCUCCCCACUGAAUCCAGGCCACGUCCUAGGGGUGUUGUCGUGAGCAUGGCACUAAGGCGGGGCUGAAAACAAAGCUGGGAAAGGCGGCCGUAGGCAGUGUGUGCAUCCCCCAGCCCUGCACAGAGCAACGGGAAAAAGUAAAGGAGGAGAACGGCUAAUUACAAGUUGGGAAGAGCCUGGUCUGAAGACAAAUGAGCCUUUGUGUUUGGUGGCUGCCCUGGCCCAGGCAGGGCAGUGUGUGUGCCUCUUUAGUGCUAGUCAGGGAGUCUGCAGUUUGGAAGGAAUUAUCCCUUCACGUUCCCUUUCCCAAUAGCAGAGUGCUUAAAAUUACAUGUUAAUUCUCCAAAAGAUUUCCGCUUGCUGUCUUUGCUGGUGCCAGCAUACCCGGGAGAUAUUUAUAGCGCAGCAGCCAGUGUUUGUGCCAGGGUUGCUCGUGUGUCUCCUUUUAAAGGGAUCGCCGUGCCUCCAGGGUGAAAGCAGAGUUCACAAGGGGGUUUAAGCUCGUCUAUGCCUGGAUAGGAACAUCCUGGGCUAAAUUUAUUCCUGAGGCCCAUACAGUUACACCGGUGAUGAAUUUGACCCAUCUGGUCCAUAUUAGAAAACUGGUAAAUCAAUCUAUUGCCUUGCGCUUACAGAGGUGGCAAAAUUCCCGUUUGACAGGUGGGGAGACUGAGGCACGCAGAGGGUAAAUGACUUGUCUGCAGAGCUGGGAUUAGAACCCAGGAGUUCUGAUCCUUACCUCCCUGCACUAGCCAUUAGACAACACUCCAUGCAGAAACAGGGUGUUUUUGGACAAGUGGCUCUGGUAUAUUUAUGACAAAGGAAAGCAGGGAACCAGUUUCACAUUCAAAAUUCCUUUGCAGAGCAUUGUUGGCAUGCUGUUAGGCGGAGCCCUGCCCCUUAAUAUUCCGCAGUCCCAGUCAGUCUCAUGUUGCCGCUGCCCAUGAAUACAGGUGGUGAUCCUAGCCAGUUCCAUGGAAUUCUCCCACUCAGCUGAGAGCCCUUUGGGAAGAACCUGCUUUUCUAUGGAUAAGAACAUCCAAGCUGGGAAUGGGUGAUGGGAUGGACCACUUGAUGAUUCCCUGUUCUGUUCAUUCCCUUUGGGGCACCUGGCAUUGGCCAUUGUCAGCAGACAGGAUACUGAGCUAGAUGGACCUUUGAUCUGACCCAGUCUGGCCGUUCUUAUGUUCUUAUCCACGUAUAUCAGAUGAAAUUUAAAAAUUGGAUUUAAACCCUCAUGCUGCAGGACAUGAAUCAACUACACUCUGAUGGGGUUAGGAAGAAACUUCCCCUGCAGGUGUGCAACGGACCACAAUAUCGACAACACGACCAAGAUCCUGUGGGAAUGGCUUACGGCCAUGGAAAAACACUAUCGCUACAUUGAGUGGAAGUCAGUGGAGGAGCCCAGCUCUUACCCCGAUGAACUUGGCCCCAAGCACUGGACAGACGAACGCUAUGAACAUGUCAUGAAGCUCAAGCAGGAAGCUCUGAGCUUUGCCCGGGCCGAGGGGGCUGAUUAUCUCCUGCUCACCGAUACAGACAGCAUCCUGACCAACAAUCAGACCCUGACGUUCCUGAUCUCGCAGAACAAGUCGGUGAUCGCCCCCAUGCUGGACUCCCAGACAUAUUACUCCAACUUCUGGUGUGGGAUAACCCCUCAGGGUUACUACCGCAGGACGGCAGACUAUUUCCCCACCAAGAACCGCCAGCUCAUGGGCUGCUUCGCCGUCCCCAUGGUGUACGCCACCUUCCUGCUUGAUCUGCGAAGAGAGGGGACCUCCGAGCUCGCCUUCCACCCGCCCCACCCCAACUACACCUGGCCCUUUGACGACAUCAUCGUCUUCGCCUACUCCUGCCAAGCCGCGGGAGUCCAGAUCUACGUGUGUAACCAGGAGCGGUUUGGUUACAUCAAUGUCCCGGUGAAGUCCCAUCAGACGCUAGAGGACGAACACAUCAACUUCGUGCACCUCAUCCUGGAAGCCAUGGUGGACGGCCCCCCGAUGUACCCCUCUGAGCACGUUUCCCUCAGCCCCAAGCACCUCGGUAAAAUGGGCUUUGAUGAGAUUUUCCUGAUUAACCUGAGGCGGAGGCCAGACCGGCGCCAGCGGAUGCUGAGUUCUCUGUAUGAGCUGGAGAUAGACCCCCUGGUGGUGGAUGCUGUGGAUGGGAGUGCCCUGAACAGCAGUGACAUUAAGAUCCUGGGUGUGGAUCUGCUCCCAGGAUAUUAUGACCCGUUCUCUGGCAGGACGCUCACCAAGGGGGAGGUUGGUUGCUUCCUCAGCCAUUAUUACAUCUGGAGAGAGAUCGUGGCACGGGGGCUGGAGAAGUCGGUGGUGUUUGAGGAUGACGUGCGCUUCGAGGCCUAUUUCAAGGUGCGGCUGACGCGGCUGAUGGAGGAGCUGGAGUGGGCACAGCUGGACUGGGACCUGAUCUACCUGGGCAGGAAGCAGGUGAACUCGGAGGACGAGGAGCCGGUGGAGGACGUGCGGAACCUGGUGGUGGCUGAAUAUUCCUACUGGACCCUGGCCUACAUCAUCUCCCAGCGCGGGGCCCAGAAGCUGAUCGCGGCCGAACCCCUGUCCAAAAUGCUGCCGGUGGACGAGUUCCUGCCCAUCAUGUAUGACAGGCACCCAAACAAGGAUUACAAGCAGCAUUUUGCUAACCGGGACCUGCUGGUGUAUUCGGUGCACCCCCUGCUGGUUUACCCCACUCACUACACUGGGGACUCCAAGUGGCUCAGCGACACGGAGACGUCCACCAUCUGGGAUGACGACUCCAAGAAGACGGACUGGAGCGGCUCUCAGAAAACACUGAAGGGUUCCCGAAGCAACGCUGGCCAUUCCUUCCGCUCGACCGCCCGGGAUGAGCUCUAGCAUUGGGCUGGGGUGCUUCCCAUUCCUCAAGUGUGACAAAGGAGGAACACCGUGGGCUCCUCUGCCCACCUGCAGAUUUGACUGGUUCCUGACUGAGAGAUGCAGCUGUGUUUGCUUGACCAAAGGGGGGUGUUUAAUCUGGGCCUGUAAUCUUCGCUCACUGAAAUAGACUGUAUGCAAGGGUUGCACCAAGGACCAUGCUUGACUAUCUGGACACCUCUGCUAGGUGGUGGAGCUUUUGGUCUAGUCCUUUGCAACCUACUACUUCUCCUUCCCCACCUCUGGUGGUGCCUCUCCCUGAAAGGACAGAAGCGUUUGGAAAUGUACAAGACUCGGUAACCUUCCAGAGAGUUUCUUGCUCAGUAUUUUCAGGCUGAGCUCAUUCCUGUAGGGAUGCAGGAGCCCACUCAGCUGAGAUCUGCCAGGCCAUAGGGCCCAGGGUGUGUGUUGAUUCUUUUGUAAUACUUGUUUGGAUUAUUUGAUCAGCUCAUCCUUCUAAUCCAAUGGAAUCAAAAUUCUUUCUCUUCUUCACCCAAAGUUGGAGCCGAUGACCACCCUGUGUGUCUUGGUGAAAAGGGGAUGGGAUCUAGACAUGAGGUGACGGGUGCCUAAGAAAUGCCCCAGACAGACUUCCAGAGCUGUAGGGGGAGAAUCCAGUACAGGGCAGAAGUAAUGCAAAAAUCCCCCCCAGCUGCCUGCAGAUUAGGGUUCUCUCUGCAUUAUGCCAGGCUGUCUGCUGGGUUUUCCCUCCCAUGUAGUAUGGUUUAACUGAAAUAAGCAAGCCAUCAGGAGGAUUAAACUGGACUCUAUUUAAGACAACUCA